ACAAAAUGGCAUUAAAUUAUCACGGGAUGGGUCGUUCGGUUAAAAUUCGCAGCUGGAUGUUAGUGACUUUAUCCCCAGGCAUUGCCACACCUGUGACUAGUGUUAGUUUGAUUUGUGGGGUUAGGUGUGGGCAUGGCAGCCCCCAUUGAAGCCCUAACAGAGGCAGUUUUGCAAAAAACAAAAGACUCGUCGUUUCUUAAAGAAAAAGUGUCAGGUUACGACUGGUCACAGGGCUUGAACUAUGACAAACUCCUCAAAAGUUAUCUGCACACCGGUUUUCAAGCCACUAAUUUUGGACUUGCCGUUGAAGAAAUCAACAAAAUGAUCGAAUGUCGCAAAGCCCCAAUUCCCGAAGACAGGUACGUCGAUAAUGAGGACCCCUUUAUCGGUGUCAAGAACAACUGUGCGAUUUUUUUGGGGUACACCUCAAAUAUUGUCUCGAGUGGCUUACGCGAGACAAUUAAGUUUCUAGUGCAACACAAGUUGGUUGAUUGUAUUGUUACGACAGCGGGGGGCGUAGAGGAGGACUUUAUCAAGUGUAUGGCCCCCACGUUUCUGGGGAAUUUUGCGUUAGAUGGGGUCAACUUAAGGAGUAAUGGGAUCAAUAGAAUCGGGAAUUUGUUAGUGCCUAAUGAUAAUUAUUGCCAAUUCGAGAACUGGAUUAUGCCCCUUCUGGACGAAAUGUUAGUUGAACAGAAAGAGGGGGCUUUGUGGAGCCCCAGUAAAGUCAUAACUAGGCUAGGUGAAAGGAUAAAUAACGACGAAAGUAUUUAUUACUGGGCUGCUAAAAAUAAAAUCCCUGUUUUUUGCCCGGCUUUGACUGAUGGAAGCAUAGGCGAUAUGAUGUUUAUGCACUCAUUCCGAAAUCCGGGCCUGGUUUUGGACAUUAUUUCGGACUUGAGACAGUUAAAUUUAAUGGCAAUGAAGGCAAUCAACACCGGGAUGAUUAUAAUCGGGGGUGGCGUGGUCAAGCACCACAUUUGCAAUGCCAAUUUAAUGCGAAAUGGUGCCGAUUUUUGCGUGUUUCUGAACACAGCCUCCGAGUUUGACGGCAGUGACUCGGGGGCCCGCCCCGACGAGGCCAAAUCCUGGGGCAAAAUAAAAAAAGAAGCCACUCCUGUGAAAAUCUACGCCGAAGCCAGCUUGAUUUUCCCACUUUUGGUGGCCCAAACUUUCGCAAAGGAGGUCCAAAUCAAAGACAAAUAGAAACUUUAUAAUUUUAUUAAUAAAAUAAUUUCACUGCUUAUGAAAAGUAUAAAAUUGACUUAAAUGGAAGUUCGGAGUGCCGUUAAUGUUCCAGUUCAAAUUCCAAAGCCUUUGGCCUUGAAAUUUAGUUGGCAACAGUAACUGGCAAGUUCAGCGUGUUGCCAACUUAAUUUCAAAGUUAACUGCAUGGUACAGAACGGCGUAAGAUGCUUUGGGCAAUUUACAGUACCUGUCAUGAUAUUUGCUAACCUAAAAACACUUAAUAUUUGUAAUAUAUCACGGUAUAAUUGAUAAAUGCUUAAGAUAAUAAUUAAAACUGAUGACGUGA